AUGGAGCCGUCCCAGCCCCUUCGAGUCGAUGCCAAGCCCUACAUCCCGUUUGCGACGGUCGUAGGCCCUCCUCCGAUGGGCUUGCCGUCGCCGGACUUCUUCCCGCUGAGGGCCCCGAGCCCGUACCCGCCUCCGCCUCCGCAGGCGUUGUUCCCGGGCGGCUUCGUCCCCGGCUGCUGGGGCAUGCCGCUGGCCCCCAGCGUCGUGGGGAUGCAGGGCGCGUUCCCGUACCCUACCUGGGCGCCGCUCAUGCCGCCGCCGAACGGAGCUAUUGCAAUGCCGGCGGGGACGCCCUGCGUCACGGCGGGGGCGAUGCCGCAGCAGGGCGGCGGCAAGCAGCCUUCAGGCUACGUACGCACCGGGCGUGUGCCCGGCGCCCGGGCGACACCGCGUCUCGAGGUGCCGCCGCGGAUGCAGCGACCGUCUCGUCCGGGAGCUACCGCGGCGUCCCGCGGCGCCAAGGCCGCUGGUGCAGGAGGCCACGGGGUUGCGAAGGAGGCGACGGCGUCCUGUGGCGCCAAGGCUCCUGGGGCCGGAGAGGAGGAUCCGGCCAACGAGCCGUCCCCGCGGUCGGUGCUCGUCACCUCGAGCCCGCCCGUGUCGCCGACGACCUCCCUUCCAUCUUCGUUCCCGUUGCCGUGCCUGCCGCCGGCGACCGCGGCCCUCGCCCCGCCAACGGUGCCUCCCCACACCGCCGAGCUCGGUACAGCGAGCCCGCCCGUCGGUCUGCCGAGAAGGAGGCGCCCGCGUGGGCCUCGUCGUGUACAGCGGCCGGCUCCUGGCGGCGUCGUCCCCAAGCCUCGUCUCCUGUUCGACUCUGCUUCCAAGCGAACAUCUCUAAUGAUCAGGAACAUACCAAAUAAUUUCACGAGGAUGAGGCUGAUGUCUAUCAUCGAUGAACACUGCUUCAUCGAGAACCAGAAGAUCCCCACAGGGGGAGUGAAGUCGGAGUACGACUUCCUUUACGUGCCAUUCGAUUUCCGGACCUUGGCCAACAAGGGCUACGCGUUCGUCAACAUGACGUCGCCGGAGGCGGCUCGCCGGCUCUGGGAACACCUCCACGGCCACCGCUGGGAGGUCAAUCGCUGCGGCAAGACCUGCGCCGUGGACUGCGCCGCCGACCAGGGGCUUGACAAACUUCUGGAUCGUUUCUCCGGGUCAUCCUUCGAGUGCGGAACCGAGGAGUUCCUGCCAGUGCGGUUCGAGCCUCCGCGGGACGGCACCCGGCCAGCUGAGGGCGUGAUGCUCGUCGUCGGCCGUCUGAGAGUUUGAAACGCCGCUCGUGAUGGCCAGUGUUUGUCUGUGUCUCAUCGCCGCACCCCCCGGCCACUUCGUAUCUUGCAUUCUAUCCGGUGGCGUUUGAUUCAUGCCAAGGCAGGACAGGGACAGGGUUACGAAACUUUUAUCUCUAUCAUAUGUUUGUGCUUUGGGUUUGGGUUUGGG